AUCGCUCGGGAAGAAAAAUUCAUCCUCUCGGGGAGAUUUUUUUUCGGAGAGUGCGCACCGGUUUUGUUACCAGCGGGGGUCACAUCUCGGUCAUGGCUGUCAACGAUACCGCGAUCGGUGAAGGUAGAUCGAUCCCGAGAAAAAUCAUGUAGUGUCGGCCGAAUCGGAGGGAAAAAGGAACGUUUACCUUGAACUCGGGAAAAUGGCAUUGACCGUAUCCUCGCCCCGUGUUUUCGACGGAAACGCGGGAAAGCAGGGUUUUCAUUCAGACUCGACGGGUUCUAAAUGUCUGUGUUGUCCGUACGGUUAUCACAUCGACUUGGAUUUCGUGCGUUAUUGCGAAGCUGUCGCUGCUGAUACUACUAGCGACAAUAAAUCGACAAUUGAGAGACGUAAAAAACGAGAAAGACGACGACAAUGUCAGUCCAUGGAAAUACUUUUGGGAUUGGUGGAUCCAGUUUUGGAAGGACUGGAGAACCAACUGCCCGAAAUAGCCCAGGAUAAUUUAACAGGUAACGGUGUAACGACCUUACCGCGAUCGUGCCAUACGAGACCGUUGAACGUUCAGCACACACCGGCCCUUGAUCUGAGCGAUGUCGUGGGCGAUUUUGAAGCGACCCUUCGUCGUCUCUCUAAACCGUCGAAGCCCUCGGAACGGAAAGCUCCAAACGAAAUCGAUGGCAUCAACCCUCCAACAAAUGUUCAAAUUAAUCAGCACACGGAGUUGGCAACGGACUUUGACAAUGCCAGCAUCGGUAGCGGAAACUCAAAUCUCAGUACUGGUGCUCUCCAGAGCAUCAGAGAACAAAUGGCGGUAUCGUUGGAAAGAAUGAGAGAACUGGAGGAGCAAGUCAAAGCCAUACCAAUGUUACAGGUUCAAGUUUCGGUGUUGAAAGAGGAAAAACGUAAUUUACAACGUCAGGUAGAAGAACUCAAUGAAUCGAAAAUAAAUGACGAGGACUCAUUGUCGUCGAGAUAUCGUAGCAAUUCAUUGUCACUGACGCGAAGCAACAACGAUAAAAAUACUCCAAAAACAGUUGCGAUCUCAACCAGAGAUAUGGGGAUAAUGUGCGGAGUCAUGACCAGAGACGUUGGAGUUUCACAUCAGCAGGUAAGAACUCGGGAUGUCGGAAUGAUAACGAGUACACCUUUGGCACGAGGCGUGGGAACGACGAGGCAGAAUCGAACAAUCCUGAGCGAGUCGAGUUUCGAUACGAAAGAUUUGACGAAUUAUAUGAACUUUACCUCGAGUCCAAGAACGACGAGCAAAUACGAGCUCGAAGAUAUGCGAAUAGAGCGCAUGCUACCUUGUUAUCCAAGAGGUCCGGUCAGUCUUGCGAGCUUGAACGGAAGUGGAUCACCCGAUACGAAACGGAAAAACGUACAAAAUCUCCGACAGAGUCCUAUCAAAUGUGAGACAAUAUUACCCGAUGUUUGUUCUUAUAAAGAUCGGUUCAGAUGUACGCACGAAUCGAGAAAAGACAGCAGCACUAAUACCGAAAAAUCUAGUCCAACGAGUCUUCAACGCAGCACACUGAGAUUCGAUGAGAUUUUACCAAGAAAAGAAGAAGCGAUUGUUCACAAACCGGAAACACGAAAUUCCGCUACGGAAACGAUUCUUGGUAUGCAAGAAAUUCACAGUCCAGAUGACAUCGCACGAAUAGUGGAGGAUGCAAUAAAAAUUUAUCAAGAAAGUAUAGAGAAGGAGAAAGCUUCAAAGUACACUCAAUGCACACCGGAAGUGAUAAAAUUACCGGAAAAGAAAGACCAAGAGGUACAAGUUUCGGAACCUUUCAAAAUGAGAAUGAACGUCGGAACUAGCUGCAAACCACGAACGAUGGAAGUUGGGACCGAUGUUGGUCCUCUUCCUGGAACGAGAUCAAUAGCUUCUGGACCUGAUCCUGUUGCCACGACGAACGUAAUUUCUCUCAAUUCAAUGAAUUCCCUGAGAAGUCAUUCGUUCAAUUAUGGCGAUACGAGGCUCAAGAGAAAAACAACGAAAAGCGUAGCUUCGUUGACCGAAGGCCUGGUUAAAAUGACAGCACGAAGCACCGAGACAACGGAUCUGCAACCGAAAAAACGGGAUUUUGGUACAUCGCCGUUAAAAAAAAUAUUCGUCGACGUUUCCGUGGGCGAUUCCCUCAAACCACAUAUCGCCAUUUCUUGCGCCGCUAAUUAUUGCGACAACUGCAAAGAAACCAUUAAAAAUCUCGCGAAACAAAUGUCGAAUAAUUCAGAGAUACACUGCAACAAUCAAAAUACCGCUGUCGUUUCGAGAAUACCCAGACCGUCGCACAUUAAUCUUGGUAGUCCUGAUCACCGACGACAAUUCAAGAGACAGGACACUUAUACCAAAAUACCAGCUUCUGGAGUUAUUAGAUACGACGCUGAUAACAGAGAUCACUACGAGGCGAAUAAUCGGCUACAGCAACAGGAAACGGAGGAGAUCAGAAACGAAAAGAAAGAAUCCAAAGAAUCUGGAUUGCCUGAAAAGGAGAUUGAAAUAUCGGAUGAAAAGAAUGUGUUGUCGGAUUCCGAACUGUUUCAGCCGAUCAAUGAGAAACCACGUGAAAAAGUUGAGCCUAGCAAAGAAAUGCGAGCGGCGAUGAAAGUUUUGAACGAUAAUUUGAAAAAAUCACCAAGCAAAAAUAUAUCGCAUCAGACGAAAAAUGCGACGAAUGUUAUACAGCAAGAAUGGUUUAAGAUUUCGAGCAUAGCAACGGCUAAUCCUCUCGACGUUGAGGAUUAUUUAGACUGUUUCGAAGAAUUUUCGAGUCAAAUCCUAGAGUACAUCGUUAAUAUGACCGAUUCGAGUGGCAAUACUGCAAUGCAUUAUGCGGUUUCACAUGGAAAUUUCGAUGUUGUUUCAAUUCUACUCGAUUCGAAAGUUUGCGAUAUAAAUAAGGCCAACGUCGCCGGAUAUACAGCUGUUAUGCUCGCUGCUCUUGCUGAUCUCAGAAAUUCUACACACGCUUCCGUCGCUAAUAGACUCUUUCAACUUGCCGACGUUAAUAUUCGUGCAAAAUUGCACGGACAAACGGCCCUAAUGCUAGCAGUUUCUCACGGUCGGAAGGACAUGACGAGACUUCUUCUGGAUGCUGGAGCAGCGGUGAAUAUUCAAGACGAGGAUGGCAGUACAGCAUUGAUGUGUGCAGCUGAACACGGUUACACGGAUAUCGUGAGGUUAUUGUUGGCUCAUCCGGAUUGCGAUUCGUCGAUAGUUGACGUUGACGGUAGUUCAGCAUUGAAGAUAGCCCUCGAAGCUGGGAAUCGCGAUAUAGGUGUACUUUUAUACGCACACGAGCAUGUUAAUCGUGGAACGAGUCCAUACUCCUCCAUGAGGCGAAGUCGGAGAGGCUCCAAGCCUACGACCCCCACAGGCCCUUCUCCCUCAGCUCCGGUUAGUCCAGCACCUUCUCGGAGAUUCAACUCUUCAACGAUUUCACUCAACUCCACAAAGUAUUCUGGGAAGUAAUGAAACACAAAAUACUUUUUAAAAACACAAAGAGAUUAAAAAGAUUGAAGACACAAACAAAAACAUAUAGUCGUGAAUAAUGUAUAAUCAAGGGGAAUUGUGGUAAUUUUCUGUGAUUCAAUUUAUAGUAAAGGAGACAGAAAUGAAGGAAGUAAUAUAUGAUGACGGGACACAUAUUAUAUUCAUUGUUUAGACAUUUAUCGUUCGAUUUACAAAAAUAUAAAUCUAUUGGUCUACACCUAGCAAUAAUUUCCAGUAAUUUAUUAUUACUACGUAUUCACUGCAUGCGUAGUAAAAAAAAUUGUUUCUUAAAUCUUGGAUUUGAAUGUAGGAGAGUUUAUGGUAAAACACGGUGCUGUAGUUCUGGAUUUUUUAAAAACAUCCUUUUCUCAAAUUCUUUGUAAUCUAUCAAAAAAGUGUUUUGUAUUCUGUAUACGUAUACAUAUUUAAACACACAGGCUUGAUCGGAGGAUUUUUAGAUUCUGCAAUCAAUUUGUCCAAUAAACAAAUUAGAGCCAAAAAUUCAAACAACUUUUGACUUUGUCUGCUUUACUUCCUCGUAUUUCACUGCGAGAGAAAUUGUUGAAUCUGGCUCUAUGAACUAUUUUUCUAUGUACUUUUAUUUUGUACAAAACUGAUAAUAGCAAUUUUUCAAUUUUCUCAAAAAUAACUUAUUUUGUCCUAUAGAAAGCUUAUAAAUUCCACAAAGAUUCAGUGUUUUCUACUUUUUCAUAUUCCAAGGUGCUAAUUAUUCGACUCGGCUCGAAAAGAAAUUUGGAACAUUCCAAAAAUUAUAAAAAUCAGAAUUUUCAUAAACAAUAAGUCGGAAGUAUGUUUUGUAGCUAUCAUCAUUUCUUCAAGAUGUCAAGCUAUACUAUUGAAAACAGAAAAUUUCUUUUCGUCGCAGCUUUUCUUUUAUAAUUGGAACAAUUUUUCUGUAUACCAAUGUAGUAUUGAAAAUUAGAUUGCACUUUGUAUAAUGUGCAAUAAAAAUAUGAAAAAAAAUUAUGGAAAAAAAAAUUUAAUGUGAAAUGAAAAAAUGUUGUAGAGUCAAUCUAUAGUGUCUUACUAUAAAAAAGUAUUGAAAAUGUAAAAAAGUAUGAUGAUUCAAAUACCUCCGAUUGUGCAGGUACAAUUUUGAAUCCGAUUGCAUCAACAAUUGUUCCGUAUGUACUGUAAAGAACGAAAUUGUUGAGUAUUUCCUCUUUGAAACAGAAGAAUUGGAACUUUCAUAAUUAUCCAAUGAGGUUACAUUAAAAGAAUAAAAAGAAAUACUUACGAUUAGAGGUUGUGAAUAAUGAAUUAAGUAUUUAAGUCUACCUUUGAUGAUUACGAUGCUCAUUGUCUCAAAGACUUGGUUGAAAAAAUAAUCGUAUAACUAUAUGAAAGAAGAUUUAUGAAAGAUCUAUGUAUGCAUAUUAUGAAAAAAUGUUAAGGAAUUGUGAAUUUUUGUCAUGAAUGUGAAUUCGGUCCUGAAGAAGAAGAAUGAAUGAAUAACGUAUAGCGAAUGUUUUCAACUAAAAACCAGUAAAAAAGUAGUAACUCGUGUUUAGACAUCUGUUAGUUUGUAGAAAAUGUUUUUUCAUUGUUUGUGCCUUUGUAACAUGUUAUAUAUACAUAUAUUAUAAAUAUAUAACUUUAUUAAUAAA